AUGGCACCUGGUAAAGCCGGUGCUGGUGUGCGCAAUGCCAGAGCGUGGAAUUCUCUCAAGCCCCCGCUGGCGGAAUGGAUCCUCGAGGCCGUGUCUACCAUGGGUUUCAAGCAGAUGACACCUGUGCAGGCGGCGUCUGUCCCGCACUUUCUGGGCAACAAGGAUGUCGUCGUCGAGGCCGUCACUGGCAGUGGCAAGACGCUAGCCUACCUACUACCUGUGGUGCAGAAGCUGUUGCGCCUCGAAGAGCCCACGAAGCGCCAUCACGUAGGAGCCAUCAUCGUCGCACCGACCCGCGAGCUCUCGAUGCAGAUCCACUCGGUGCUCACGUCGCUGCUCAAGUUCCACGCCCCCUCGGCCGAGAUCCUACCGCAGCUCAAGGGUGAGGAGAAGCGCGAGGCCUCGACGGCACCGGUCAUCGUGCCUCAGCUGGUCGUGGGAGGCAGCACGACGACGGUGGCGCAGGACCUCAGCUUCUUCCUGCGGCACAGCCCCAACGUGCUCAUCGGGUCCCCCGGGCGCCUGGUUGAGCUUCUGUCGUCACCGCACGUGCACUGCCCUCAGUCGUCGUUCGAGAUGCUCGUCCUCGACGAGGCAGACCGGCUGCUGGACCUGGGCUUCAAGCCGGACCUGCAGAGCAUCCUGGGUCAGAUCCCGAAGCAGAGGCGCACGGGGCUCUUCAGCGCCAGCGUCAGUGAGGCCGUGGGUGAGAUCAUCCGCGUCGGCCUCCGCAACCCCGUCAAGAUCGAGGUCAAGGUCAAGAUGAAGGACGGCGGCGGCGUCAUCCUCGAAGACAGGAGGACCCCCGCUAGCCUACAGAUGUGCUACAUGGUGAAGCAGGCCAGUCACAAGCUCCCCGCGCUGGCGAACCUGCUCGAGCGCCUGCCCCAGCGGCCCCAGCGCAGCAUCGUCUUCCUUUCGACGUGCGCCGCGGUUGACUACUUCCAACACGUGCUGGCCGGCAUCCUGCCCGCAGGCUUCUCGCUCAUCCCGCUCCACGGAAAACACCCAGCCAAGGUACGCGAGAAAAACUUUGGCCAGUUCGUCUCGUCCGUGUCGCCCUCCGUGCUGCUGACGACGGAUCUGGCGGCCCGCGGCCUCGACAUCCCGCAAGUUGACCUGGUCGUACAGGUGGACGCGCCCUCGGAUCCCAAGGUCUUCAUACACCGGAGCGGGCGCGCGGGCCGUGCGGGACGCAAGGGCCUCGCCGUCGUCAUGCUCCACCCGGGGCCGGAAGAGGACUACGUGCGGUUCCUUGACAUCCGCAAGACGCCCAUCGCACCCCUCGAGAGGCCCAAGGUGACGACGACGCAGGAGGAGGCCGACGAGGUAUCGGAAAAGAUCCGCAGCUUGGUCAGGACCGACCGCGCCCUCCACGACAAAGCCCAGCGGGCCUUCGUCAGCUGGGUGCGCAGCUACGUCGCCCACCAGGCCACGUCCAUCUUCCGCGCGGGGGAGCUGGACUGGGCCGACCUAGGCCGGGCCUGGGGUCUGCUCCGCCUGCCCAGGAUGCCGGAGAGCAAGACGUGGGAGGGCGACCGGUCCCUGGGCGUGGAGGUGGACUGGGACUCGUACGCCUACAAGGACAAGGCGCGCGAGCAGGCCAGGAGGGAGGCGCUAGAGAACCCGGAACACCAGGCCAGGAAGGAGAGGGAGGCCGAGAGCCGCAAGCGCAAGAAGAGCAGCAACGAUGCCUGGAGCGUGAAGCACGGCAAGGAGGAGGAGAGGGUCGAGAGGAGGGAGAAGCGCCACAAGCGUCGCGACGCAGAGAGGCAAGCCAAGAUGACGGACGAGGAGAAGCUGAAGCAGGCUGAGCUGGGUGAUCUGAUCAAGCAGGUUCGCUUGCAGAACCAGGCCAAGACCAAGGCUGCUGCUGCCGAUGAGGAGUUUACCGGGUUUGAUGACUAA